GCUCCAUGACAAGAGCCAGGAAGAUGCGCUAAAGCUUCUGCAGCAUCACGUCGCAGCUGCCAAAGCUGAACGAGAGCAGGCCACCGCGCAGUUCCCCCCUGCGCAGCGGGCGCGAUGUCGGGCAGAAGCUCAGCUCCAGCAAAACAGCAAGGAGAUGGAGCAAAUCCAGGCGAGCAUUGUGCAGGAGGAGAAGGACAUCUUAGGCCUUCGUCGCAGUCUGGAGAAGCUAAGACAUCAGGUUGAAGCCAAGCAUGGAGAAAUCAAGGAGCACAGGGAGCGUGUCGAGCUGCUUCGGGAGGAGGAGGUGCUGCUUCUGCAUGAAAUGGAGGCCUGCCGUCAGAGGACCGAGGCCGAGCACGCCCUCCAGGAGACCUUGGCGCAGCAGGUGGCCGACGAGCGCACGAAGCGCAUGGAGCUGAAGGCGGCAUGUCGGCACAAGAUCAAGAAAGUUGAGGACACUCAGAACUUUCUCCAGGGCCGCGCUGAAGCCUUUGAAGCGGAGAUAUCUGCGGUCCGGGAGGAGCUCAAAGGCCAGGAGACAAACACAGCGGCGUUGCUGGCGGAGCUCUCAGAGACUAAGGCGGAGGCCGACCUGGCAGCUUGCGAAGCCGCCGACGCCUUUCAGCAGCAGCAGCAGAUCGCCUCGGAGCGCUCCGAGGUUCAGCUCCAGCAUGGGGAGCUCCUGGAGCAACUGACGGACUGCAAGCAGAUGCUGGAGGCGAAGACGAAGGAGGAUUCCGCCUCCUUGGCGAAGUGGCGCCUACAGUACAUGAGCAAGCUGGACGCAAAAAUCCAAGCACGUCGUGAGUGGAAGAAGCGACAUGCCGCUGCAAGAACGGCACCGAAGAUGAUUCUGGAGCCAGUGACGCUGGAACCA